UUGCUACAUCAAAGACCUUUGUUAGUAUUAGUAACCACUAAUCAUCUCAUGUUCCUCCAUGCUAAAAUCCAACCCCUUUCUCCUACUCUCAUGGAAAACAAAGACAAAUCAACAUCUCCACCCCAAUCUGAAAAUCAAAACAAGAAUCUCCCUUUGAUGCCUAAUGAAAUAGAUAGAUCCUAUGAGAAUAGAGAGAAGAAGAAGAUUCCCCAAACAGAAAACAAGUGUCAGCAGAAAAAGUUUCUAGGGGUGAGACAAAGGCCUUCAGGAAGAUGGAUUGCUGAAAUCAAAGACUCCUCAUCACAGAAGCUAAGGGUGUGGUUAGGAACCUUUGACAGAGCAGUGGAAGCUGCUCUGGCUUAUGACUCUGCAGCAAGGCUUCUCAGAGGAAAAAAUGCCAAAACAAACUUUCCAAACACUCAUCAUGAGGAAGAUUACUACUGCAGCAGCAUUUUGGGGAAGAAUCCAAGGGCUUACCAGCUUCUUCAUCAGCAUGCAGUCAUGAAGAAGAACCACCAUGCACUAAUUUCCUCAUCUGUUUUUUCUUCCAUCCCUUGGAAAAAUCAGAUCAUGAUGAGAGGAGAAGAACAUGAUGCACUUGUUGAGGAAACUAUUGUUUGCUCUGUUGCCUCUGUUAAUCCUGAAGAAGGGUCUACAGGGAGUAGUGGAAUUUCAUUUGGAAGUUCAAAGGUUUACUCUUCUGUUGUUGUAGCUCCUUCUUUUAGUGCCUCGCAGUGUCAAACAUGAUAAGCUUAACUGUUAACUAUGUCUUUUGUAUUGUAUUCCCAUUCCUAUUUUGCCUCGGGAAAUCAAAGUUGUUUGCAAGACUGAAAAACUGAUAUCAAACUCCAGUUAUGUAAUGAUAUCUGCUACAUGCAUGCUUCCACUAUA